AUGAUGCGACCAGGAGCUAAGCAGUAUGUGGUGGCCAGACCACGAUACUCGGAGGAGUCCUUCGCUGAAGAGCACGAGAAGGUCUACAGACAUCGCAAAACCAUUCUGGACCAUGUCAAACAGUAUUUCACAUGUGAUGCCAAACGAACCAAGAACGCAGCUCUGUCUCUUCUGCCGUUCAUCGGCUGGAUCAAAAACUAUCAAGUCAAAGAGUGGUUGCUCGGUGACAUUGUGUCUGGCGUCAGCACUGGACUGGUGGCUGUCCUGCAAGGUCUGGCCUACUGUUUGUUGGCCUCUUUGCCGCCCUGGUAUGGACUCUUUUCUGCCUUCUUUCCUGUUAUCAUGUACUUUUUCCUUGGCACCUCCAGACACAUCUCAGUGGGUCCAUUUCCAGUCUUGAGUCUGAUGAUAGGCUCAGUGGUGACCAGGCUUGUCCCAGAUGAAGGGCUGCCCAUGAACAUCACAGCAUUCAAUGGUCUGACAACAGACGAGCAAAGAGUGUUGGUGGCUUCCUCUGUGACCUUCCUUGCGGGUCUCAUGCAGCUGGCGAUGGGUAUACUACAGGUGGGCUUUGUUGUCAUGUACCUGUCUGACACUCUGGUAUCCGGCUUCACCACAGCAGCGGCUAUCCACAUCCUUGUGUCACAGCUCAAGUUUGUGUUGGGGAUGCAAGUCCCAGGAAUCAGUGGACCGCUGGCCCUCAUAUAUACGCUGGAGAUCAUCUUUAACAAGAUCACUUCCACCAAUGUCUGUGAUGUAGUGAUGUCCCUGGUUAUUAUCAUGGUGGUGUUUAUCGUCAAGGAGCUAAAUGACAGAUAUAAAUCCAAGCUGCCUGUGCCAAUCCCGAUUGAAGUUAUCAUGACCGUAAUUGCUUGCGGAGUUUCAUAUGCAUUUGACUUCAGCACAAGAUUUGGUGUUGACGUUGUUGGAGAUAUUCCAAAAGGGUAUGAAAGUCCGGUGGCCCCAAACCUGCAAAUCUUCCAGGAGACAGCAGUGGAUGCAUUUCCUAUAGCCAUAGUGGGUUUUGCUGUGGCUUUCUCUGUGGCAAAAGUCUAUGCUUUAAAACAUGAUUACACUAUAGAUGGAAAUCAGGAGCUGAUAGCCUUUGGAGUCAGCAACAUGUUUGGAGCUUCCUUUAAGUCUUUCGCAGCAAGUACAGCUCUCUCCAGGAGUGCAGUGCAGGAGAGUACAGGCGGUAAAACUCAGGUGGCUGGUUUACUUUCAGCUGUCAUAGUGAUGAUCGUUACUUUGGCUAUUGGAUUUCUGCUGAAUCCACUACCAACGUCUGUGCUGGGUGCUGUGGUCAUUGUCAACCUCAAGGGCAUGCUGAUGCAGUUCAGAGAAGUGCCAUACCUGUGGAGGAGGGACAAACCAGACUGUGUGGUGUGGAUUUUAACCUGUAUUGCAGCCAUCUUGCUGGGGCUGGAUCUUGGAUUGGCAGCAGGCCUUGGUGUGGAGCUGAUCAGUGUCGUUCUUAGGACUCAGUUUCCUCGCUGCAGCGUGCUGGCCAACAUCAGUGGAACAGAUAUCUACAAAGACAGAAAGGACUACAUCAGUACAUAUGAACCAGAAGGAGUGAAGAUCUUCAGGAUCCCAUCGCCUAUCUUUUUUGCCAACAUUGAGUUCUUGAGGACCAAACUGGUGGAAGCUCUUGGGUUUAACCCACUAAGAGUGUUGAGAAAGAGGAAUAAAGCACUGAGGAUGAUUCGGAAACUUCUGAAGAGGGGGGAGUUGCAAUGGACAUCGAAGGGCUUCCUGAAUACCUCAUGUAAACCAAUCAAGGAAUCAGAGGAUGACAGCAAGAUGGAGGAGCUGGACCUGCCGACUGACUUCAAGGACCUUCCUGCCCGGAUCGACUGGAAUGCAGAGCUUCCCGCCGACCUGACUGCUCCCAGAGUGGAGAUCCACAGCCUGAUCCUGGACUUUGCUGCUGUCUCGUUCUUGGACAUCUCUGCUCUGAAAGGACUCAAAACCUUGCUGAGAGAGCUGAUCCGGGUAGAAGUCGAGGUCUAUAUUGUGGCUUGUGACCCUUACAUUCUGGAGAAACUCCACAACUGUCACUUCUUUGAUGAUGAAGUUCGGCCAUCAAUGUUUUUCCUGACAAUACAUGAUGCCAUGCUGCACAUCCUGGAGAAACAUCCAGCGUCAACACAAAAGAAAUCCGACCAUGGAAAGAUACUAACAACAGUCACAGUUCACCACCCCAGUGUCGGUUUGAGAAGCAGAGACAGAAAUGCUCCAGAACCAGAAACCAAGUUCUAA